AUGGUGUAUUUUUAUCAAAUCGCUUCAUAUUUCAUACAAAAUCGUGGUUUCUCUUUUGGCAUUAGUGAUGUAACACCCAGUGCCCGUUUGUUAGAGGAAAAACAAAAACUUUUGGAAAAAGGUUAUGCCAAAUGUGAUGAAUAUAUUUUGGAAAUGAAAAAGGGCACCCUACAAUGUCAACCGGGUUGUACGCCUGAACAGACUUUGGAAGCUGUUAUGUUGCGUGAACUAUCCACUAUACGUGAACAGGCAGCGAAAGUAUGUUUCCGUGAAUUACAUCCGACAAAUAGUGCUUUAAUAAUGGCUUUAUCCGGCUCAAAAGGUUCCAAUAUUAAUAUAUCCCAAAUGAUUGCUUGUGUAGGACAACAGGCUAUUAAUGGCAAACGUGUACCGAAUGGUUUUGAAAAUCGUGCUCUACCACAUUUUGAGAAGUUUUCCGCCAUACCCGCCGCCAGAGGUUUCGUGCAAAAUAGUUUCUUUUCGGGUUUAACACCCACCGAAUUCUUUUUCCACACCAUGGCCGGCAGAGAAGGUCUAGUAGAUACUGCUGUUAAAACCGCAGAAACUGGCUAUUUGCAAAGACGUUUGGUUAAGUGCUUGGAAGAUUUGGUGGUCCACUAUGAUGGCUCUGUGCGCAACGCUAUUGGUGAAAUUGUUGAACUUAUUUACGGUGGUGAUGGUUUAGACCCGGUCUUUAUGGAGGUUAAAAACAAACCCGUUGAUAUGGUUAGACAAUUGAAUCAUUUAAGAGCUGUACAUCCCUUCCGCGAAGAAGAACCUAUACCGGCCUCUGAUAUUGUUAAUAAAACCCAAGAAAUUUUAAAGGAGGAAGAGUUCACAAUGAGUCGUAAAGAUUUCCAAAAUGAAGUGGUCAACUUCAUCGAAAAAGUGGCCGAAAAAAUCACCAAAGUUCAGGAAAAAUACCGUCAACAUCCGAAAUUGGGACAUGAAAUCGAACGUCUUUCCGAAGGACAAAUACGCACCUUUAUGCGUUGGGUCAAUGAUAAAUACAAUAGAGCUGUCACUGAACCCGGUACAGCAGUGGGUGCUGUAGCGGCUCAAAGUAUUGGUGAGCCCGGCACUCAGAUGACACUGAAAACUUUCCAUUUUGCUGGUGUAGCUUCCAUGAACAUUACACAGGGUGUGCCACGUAUUGUGGAAAUUAUCAAUGCAACUAAAACCAUAUCUACACCGGUAAUAACAGCAGAAAUUGUUAAUAAUACAAGUAUGGAAUAUGCCCGCAAAGUAAAGUCACGCAUAGAGAAAACAACUUUGGGAGAGAUUUCCUCUUAUAUAGAGGAGGUUUACAAGCCGGAUGAUUGUUAUUUGGUGGUGCGUUUAGAUUUGAAUCGUAUUAAAGUUUUGGGCUUGGAAAUUAAUGCGGAAACUAUAAGAUAUUCUAUAUGCACUUCAAAAUUACGCAUUAAACCGGCGUUGGUGGAUAUAAUGGGUUCCUCCAUUAUAAUAGUGCGUAUAGACAGUUCCAAACAUGGUGCUGCCUUAAACGCGGAACUGCAACGUCUCUCUUCUGCCAUACAAAAUGUGGUCGUAGCCGGUUUGCCUCAUAUUUCGCGAGCUGUUAUAGCCAUUGAUGAUUCCCGCCUGCCUGCCACCUAUAAAUUGUGUAUAGAAGGUGCCGGCCUUAGAGAUGUUAUGGCCACCUAUGGUGUGGUGGGCACUAAGACUAAAAGUAAUAAUAUUUGGGAAGUAUACAAUACACUGGGUAUUGAGGCGGCACGAACCACCAUUAUGACAGAAAUUACCGAUGUUAUGGAGGGUCAUGGUAUGAGUGUGGAUCAGAGACAUAUUAUGUUACUGGCUAGUCAAAUGACUUCUCGUGGCGAAGUGUUGGGUAUAACACGUCAUGGUUUGGCUAAAAUGCGUGAAAGUGUUUUCAAUUUGGCUUCGUUUGAAAAAACUUCAGAUCAUUUAUUCGAUGCUGCCUAUUUUGGUCAAACGGAUGCGGUGGAUGGUGUUUCGGAACGCAUUAUUUUGGGUAUGCCUGCUGCUAUAGGCACAGGUCUCUUUAAAUUGAUACACAAUCAUGAGGACACUGAAUUACCGGAAAUUGAGGCACCGAUAUUUUCUUCGGUGGCGGCCUAAAUUUAAAUUUGUUUUCUUAAGUUAAGUUUUUAUUAAACAGAAAUAAAAAUAAACAAAUGUUUUUAAA